CGACCUCCUCGCCACUUCGCCAGCGCCCGCGCCACGCCAGGCGCCAGCGCCGCCGCCGUCCACUUCACCAGCGCCCGCGUCUCCGGCAUCCUGCCGCCGAGCACGCCGGCCGCUUCGGAGUGCAAUACGUCUCUUGCGUCUUCGUCGUUGUCGUCUCGCUGUGCUGGAGCGGCGUGGACUGGAGAUCCGUCCGGACCCCCGACUGAUUCCAUUUGCUGCUUUCGUUCGUUCUCUCCGUCGGUUAGCAUCGGAUUUGCUUGCUUCGUGAGACGCUACUAGUCCAAUCCAUCCGUUGAUGGUUCGAUAAGGUUCUUCUUCGUGAGCGGGCGGGAUCGAUCUCACUUGGCCCCGCAUGACUCGGUCCCGAAGUGCGGGUGCAGUUCAUUUUGCAACUUUAAAAAGAAUUGGGGUAUCAAGUGAAUCCCAUGUCCCGUCCCGUGUUAAGUCUGCCCAUGGAUGGCGUGAGAUCAAUAAAGUGCAGCUUCUCGUAACUUAGUGAUCCUGAUCGGUGGGUCAAGCCUAACCUGCAAUUGCUGUCACUCAUAAUGCAAAUUGUUUGGUGGGGAAUGACUGCAAAAUGCAGCCAUUUUUGUUUUCAGUUAAGAGUGCCAGAAGGUUUUUCUCCUUCAGCUUAGUAUAUGAUGAGUAGGAAAUAUUUGAAUGCAGCAAUUAUGCUUUUGCAAGAUGUCUGUACUCGGUGUGCUUAAAUCUAAUUUUGGUAUACUGAUAUAGAGUAGGAUGGUUUCGUUUAUUUUUUCAAAAAAGGAGAAUGUUCUUUGGGCCCACAUGUCAUGGGGCAAUCAAUGGAAUAUUAGGGAGCAUGGCACUUUUCAGUGGCAUCUGAUGGAUUAUCACUUAAUUUAAGUGCCGCAAGCUAUUGUGCACUUCUUCUUGUUGAGUAAUCAGUAUUUCUGAGCAUAUUGAGGCACAGUUCGUCCUGUCGAAUUUUGGUCCAGCUAAAGCUAAUUCUACAGUCUAUACCACUCUCACAGAUCUUCAAAGUCUGACUAAGUUGACUACUUUCCCUCGUAUCUUCACGUUUCAUGUAUUGCAGACUUGUUCUAGGGUUUCAUAUUCCUGUUCCGGUGACAUGCAUGUCGAGUUGACUGACCACUACGUGAUGGUUAAUAUGGUUCUGACCUGUACUUAUUUCUACAGAUGGAUUCUCUUGAAAUCAAGGAAGAAGAUUAUCAGAUGGAUCCCAUUGAAAUCAAGGAUGAUGAAGAGCAUCCGAUAGAGAUGCUUAUUGAUCAGCCUCGUUUUCUAGAACCUUUAUGUCCAGAGGAGGUCAAUGAAGACACACGAGUAUACCCUCGUGUAGGGGAUGAGUACCAGGUGGAAGUUCCGGAUCUACUAACUGAAGAGGAACAGGCAAAACUAAGGUUAUGGGCAGUUUAUGGUAGCAGAGUGUUUGGUUUUGAAUACCCUGUGGGAGUAGGAUUAGCUAUUCCAGUCACGUGGACCCAAAAUACAAGCACUCAUAUAAAAGAAGAGUAUGGGGGAUUUUCAGGACGCAGGUCAUGUACGUCACAAGGUGAAGGUCCCAUCCACAGCAGUGAAAAUAUUCCGGGAAAUUUAUGUCAGGACAUCAUUUGUUCAGACUGUAAAGUUGGAUAUGCUGAGCAAGGUGAGAAAUUAUCAGGGUCAGCUGGACAGGACAUGCACUGCUCACGAAAAACGAAGCUUUCAGGUUGUUCUUGUGCAAAGAAGGAAUUCGAUGAUUGUUUUCCAUUGCCUGGGAUGCCAAGAUACUCCUGGAGUGAUGAAGAGGCCCAGACUUUUCUCCUUGGUCUCUACAUUUUUGGGAAAAAUCUUGUUCAGGUGACAAAGUUUACGGAAACUAAGACAAUGGGAGAAGUCUUGUCCUAUUACUAUGGAGAAUUUUUCAGGUCUGAUGCAUAUAGACGAUGGGCAGCAUGUAGAAAAGCAAGAAGCAGGAGGUGUAUUCUUGGGCUGCGUAUAUUUUCUGGUCCAAGGCAGCAGGAACUGUUAUCACGUUUGCUUGCUGGCGUAGCAAGGGAAGUUGAAGCUUCGGUGAUGGAGGUAUUUAAGAUAUUCAAUGAGGGAACAUCUACUUUUGAGCAGUUUAUCUUGACAUUAAGGUCCACAGUUGGUGCUCAAGUUCUUGUAGAAGCAGUUGGAAUUGGCAAGGGAAAGUAUGACUUGACUGGAUUUGCAUUAGAUCCUAGUCGAAAUCAUGGUAUCUCGACCCGCCCAGAAAUCCCUGUUGGCAAGGCUUGCUCAGCACUUUCAUCUGGAGAUAUCAUAAAGUUUUUGACUGGCGAUUUCAGACUGAGCAAGGCAAGAUCCAAUGAUCUAUUCUGGGAGGCUGUCUGGCCUCGCUUGCUUUCAAGGGGCUGGCACUCAGAACAACCUAAGGACUCUGCACCAGUUGGAAAGCACGCUUUAGUCUUUCUCAUUCCAGGUGUAAAGAAAUUUUCUAGAAAGAAGCUUGUCAAAGGAAAUCAUUAUUUUGAUUCUGUUAGUGAUGUCUUGAGCAAAGUUGCAUCUGAACCAAGGCUGCUUGAAUUUGGAGUUCAGGGUGGUAAUGGUGACAGUGGGAUUAAGCAUGAAAAUGGAUGGAUCCAUGAUUCUGAACUUGACAGAAACACACUUCCUAACAAGAAACCUUCCUACAACCGGCCCACUGAGCCUGGGUGUUCCCCAGAACUAAUGAAAUUCACUGUGGUGGAUACCAGCCUUGUUCAAGGGGAAGAACCUUCUAAGGUAAGGUCACUAAGAAAUCUACCAAUAUAUUCCAGUCAUGGUUACAUGUCUUCACCACAUUCUGGAGAUUCUGGGAGUGACAGCUCAGAGGAACACUCAGAUUCUGAGGACAGCUCUGAGCCUUAUGAACAUAUAAGUACUGAUCGAAACGCAACCGGUGUAAAGUAUGCUAGCGAAGAGAGGAAAAGUAAGGCACCAACAAUUGAUAAGAUGGAUUCUAGUGUAAUUGCGAAGGCUGCUUCCUUAGGCGCAUUAUCAUCAACCAAUGGUCAUAAUUCAAUUGAUCAAGGUUUCAGCGCAAUGAGUAAUGCAUGCUCUUCAACAGCAACUAUUCUUCCUGUUGACGUUGAAAGAGACCAUGCCACCACUACUUCCACUGAAAUAAGCUUCCAGUUUGAUCAAAGGGUAAAUGUUGAGUCCCAAGUUUUCUUAGCACCCUUUUCGAAGAGAAGAAGGUUAGUUUCCUCUAAGACUGAAAGAACUGGCCGCGGAAAUACCAGCAUCAAUGAAAACCAUUACUGGAAACAAGUUGACGAGCCACUGCAACAUGAUGUGUCUGGAGCAAAUGAAGCAAGUGGAGAGGCCAAUUCUUUUGUAUGGGGUGCAAUUCCGAACUCAUCAACUAACAUAUCCUUUGACAUGAAUAACAAGAAGCCAUACUGCAGACAGCUCAACAAUGUGCCCCCUAAUGCUGAAACAAUGGUCUACAAAGAAACUUGCCAAAAUAGGAACGCCAUUGAUCUCAAUAUCCCACAAAUGCCUUCUGAUUAUGAGUCAAAUCUGAGCUAUAUUGUCCCUCCAUCCGACAAAAAUACUGAAACCAUGGUCAGGCCUCCACGUUCUUCAGGAACAGAGGUGUCUGACCGCCUUGCAGACAUGGAUGCCUCUAGUGAUGCGCUCUAUGAGGAGCUUUCUUUCAACUCAAGAAGGCAUAGCAGCAGAAGCCGCCCACCAACUGCCCGAGCUCUGGAAGCUCUUGCCUGCGGCUUUCUUGGGACCAAACAGAAGGGCAGGGAGGCAAAUUUCCCAUCUUCAAGCAGGAGCAGCAGACCUGUUCGGCGACCACGAAGAUCACCUGAUGUUGCACUUCCAUUUUCUUCUGAUGGUAAAGGAUGUAGCUCUCAUUUUCCUGAUCCGCCCACGGAUGUCAAUGGAUGGGGCAUGAGUAAUCCUCCAUUCCAAAUGAUUCACAGCAGCUCCUCUGAUAAAUCCACAGAUAAAGUUGCUCCUGACUUGUUUGGAGCAGAUAAGUCUACUGACAAAGGAGUUCAUGAAUUGUUUGGCAUACCUUAGAUCACAUGAAAAUGAGUAAGGUCGACCCAUAUCUAGCAAUAUCUUUGGACCAGUAGACCUUUAUUGAAUUGACUGGCUGCUGGUUAAGAGAAUGAUGUGAUCGAAUGCUCAAAAUGCUACCUGAAGUAAGUGAUGGGCACUGCUUGUUCAGACUUCAGACUUUGGUUUAUGAUUGAGAAACGAAUGGAGGAAGAAUAUACAGCUCAGUUUUCAGUUUCAUCUAUAGUUUUGUGCAUGUCUAUUGCCUAAAUAUUCGAUCUCGAUACUUAUCAAGAAUAUAUGACACCAAUGAACAACAAAGAUGUGAUAGACAAUUGCCUUCACAUCGGGCACUCCAGCCUCCAGUGGCUUGUCAAGUUUUAUGUGACAGAUCGUGAGCUUCUUGUUCCGAAGCCUAUGAUGAAGCUUUUACAUUUUUUUUUCUUUGAGGUUUUCUUAUAAAACUUUACCGCAAGUUAUACUCUUGCUUUUCAUUACGUGUACUAUGUGGGAUAACGGAACAAGCGUGUAAUAGAGCGCCCAUAUAAGAACCAUACAUGAACUAAACUUGAAAUUCUCUCUGUUGACAAAUCCAGAAGACCUACUUGUGAAA